AUGAAAGUAAGAGUAGAAAAGUAUCAAGAAUUUUUAGCUCACAAAUACCUCUAAAAUGGAGGGCUCAUCUAAAAAAAAGUUUUAUUAAAUAGCUUGAGAGAUCAAAUUUGUCAAUCUUAUUAAGAAAAAACAACUUCAGGAUAACCAUCUAGUUUAUUUAUAUAAAAACUAGUAGAAAUGAGUAAAAUAAGCAACCAAGCAAAAGCACAAAAUGAAUAGAAUCCUUAGAAACAGUUUUAACAUUCAAAAAGUUAAUCUUCCUAUCCCAAUAAUAAAGAAGAAAAAUAUAAAGCUGAGCACAUUUCUUUACCAAAUUGCGAUUCGUUUUAGGAUCAUUAAAAUGAAUAUUUAAGAGAGAAAAUUGAAUUUUAGCAACAAUGCAUUGAAACAUUAGAGCUUUUUGUAGAUUAAAAGUCAUAAAAAUAGCAAUAAGACCAUGGAAAAAAUUGCAAAUUUAAUUCAAUAAUAAAACAAGCAUUAAAAAUCUAAACGCAUUAAUAAAAAGGGGAAUAUUUAAAUAAUAAAAUUAACAAAGGAAAUUAUUUAAAUAAAAUUUCCUUAAAUUAAAUAUAAAGGCAAAAUUUACAUAAUUUAAUUAUGAAAAAUCAAAUAAACAAAUUCAAUAGAAAAUUGAUUCAUAUAGUUGAAAAUUAAUUGAGUUUUCCUUAAUCUUAAUUCAGAUUAAAAAUUGAAAAGCCAAUCAAAAAUAUAAGAAAUAAAUUAUUAGAAGAAAAAACAUAUCAAACUCCAAAUGCUAAUGAUAAAUUAUCUAACUAGAAGAGUUUUUAUUUCCCCGUUAAAAAUCAGUUUAAUAGGGAAAGCAAUAAAAUAUCAAAUAAAUUCUUUGUAUAAUAUUGGUAAAACAUAUUAUGCGAAACAUAAAAACAAAAUUUGAUCUAAACACAUUUCUAUAAAAUGAAAGUUGAUUCACAUGAAACUAGGAUUUCUAAGAAAAAUUCUAUUUAGGAAUUAAUCUAUAAAUAUGCUGAAACUUAAUAAAAUAUUACCAAUUUAAAUUGUGGUAAUAACUAGCUUAAAGUACUGUAAGUGUUAAAACUCUAAAAAGAUAAAUAAUACUUAAAACUUAAAGCCAAUAAUUAGUUUGAAUGUCAAAAUUUGUAGAAAUAAACAUAGAAGUAAAAAAUUUUAGGUGGAGGUAUUUGUGGCAGUAAAUAAAAAGUAAUUCCUGUGAAACCAAAUGAGCUUUAACAAAUAAAAUAAGAAAUCAAACUUAAAAAAAUAAAUUAGAGUAAAGAAGAAAAAGAGAAGGAGGAUGAGCGAGUUAAUAGAAAAUUCGAAAAAUUUAUUAAAUCAUAUAAUGAAUUUUUUGCAAUCAAAUAAGAUAGUGAUGUUGAAGAAAGCUUAAAUGUCUUAGAAACUGAAGUAAGAUAGAUAAUAGAAAAAACUUUAUUUGAUUUCAGAGAGUAAAUAGUUUUGUAAGAAAUUAGACCAAAAGUCAUAGACAUGAUAAAUUUACUUAUCAACUAUUUUCUUAUUAUUAAAUAAAACGAUUCUAAGUCAUCUGUGCAAUCUGAUAUUAAUGAGAUAAGUGAAAAAUUAUAAAAACUCAUUGUUUAUUGUAAAGAAAAUAAAGAGAGACAUCCUUGUUUGGAUUUAUUUUAAUAUUUUGACAUUUUAAAGACUUUGAAUUCUUAGAGAGUUGGUUUAGAUGAAGCAAAUAAGCACGCCGCUAUACAAAUUAUUGAGAAAAUAGUUUAAGUUGCUAAGUUUGGAGCAGGAUUUGUCAGUAUUGCAGGUGCUAUCAAAAAUAUAACAGAAGUUGAUUUCAAUAAACUGAAAAGCUUCAUAAAUGAUAUAAAAAAUAUUGCAGAAAAAUUAACUUCUGAUUCUUCUAUAGGGUCUAUUAACUAAGGACUUGGUGCUUAUUCUAAUUACAAUAGUAAUAAUAUAUCCAACAAUAUGUUAUCUUUAUGGCUAAAAAAGGUUUAAUAUAUGGGAGAGAAUCUCUCUGAUCAGAUUUUAGAAAUUAUUUUCUAUUUGGAAGAGUGUGAUAAAAUUUAAAAUAAUGACACUCGAUUAUUUGUUUAUAUUCAAUUGAACUAUUUGUUGUCAAAGUAGUAAAUAAACAAAGAUUAUGAAGAACUAAGUGAGAGAUUAGAAAAAGAGAAUAAGAUAGAGCUUAUUAUCAAUUAAUAGAAGUUUCUAUAAGUGGAAGAGUAUUCUGAUGGGAUUAUUGAUAAGCUAAAAAGUUUAGCUAAUUUAAUAGCAUAGAGCCAUUAAUUUAGAUACAUAAAAGCUUAAUUACUUCUACAUUUUGCUUAAAUCUUAAAAAUCAAACACUUAAACGAAUUUAAAGGCAUAAUGAAUAAUAUCGUCUCAAAUUAUUUAAUUGAAAAAUAAAAAUCUGUUAAAAUUGUGAGCCAAUAUAAUUAAGUUAUGGCUGAGUUUAUUGAUAAUUAACUUAAUAAAAAUGAAGUUUUUAAUAAAAUUAACGAGCAGAAAUAAUAAAUGACUAAGCAUUUAGAUGAUAAGUCAGACUUCAAUAACUUUGCAUAUGAUAUUUAAAAUGAAAAAGAUUUAGACAAACAAUUAGCUAAAUAUUUUGUUGAGAUUUGGGAAUAAAGCGUCAAGUAACGAUACAAAAAUCUUGAAAUAACUCACAAAGAUGAUGUUUUGCUUGAGGCUAUUCACUUGUAUAUUAAUUAAUAGAUAACAUAUUAGGAUGGCUAUAAAUUUAACACACAAGAAAAAGAUGCAGUGAAAUAAAUUUUUGAUUAUUUCCUCAUCCCUAACUUUGUAUUUUCUUAAGAAGAAGCAAAUGCAAAUGAUUAAUUAAAUUAAAUAUCUACAUGUAAAAUCAUAUCAAUUUUGGCAGAAGGAGGUUCAGGAAAGUCGAUGCUCUUGAAAAAAAUUGAAGUCGAAAUUCUCAAUGAUAAUUCAAAAUAUAAAAAUGACAAAAGAACUGAUUUCAUACCAUUUAUAAUAAAAUGCAACUCGUUAGAUAAAGAAAAACCUUCAAUUGAAGAUUACUUAGAAUCUUUAAACAUAAGGAGAAAAGACAUCGAUAAUUUAAAGAAAUCUGAGAGAAAUAAACUAAUCAUGCUUGAUGGCUAUGAUGAAUAUACAGGUGAUUAUUUUAAGGUUUACCAAAAGUUAAAUCUUAAUGAAUGGGUGAAUACUCUAGUCAUUGUGACUUCUAGAUUAGAAAAAAUCACAGUCUCUGAUGCUAAAGGAUACUUUAAUUACUACGAUAAUUAAGGAAACAUAGGUCAUAGAGAUUCAUAUGCAAUUUUUAAACUAGAAAAAAUAACUAACCAAGAUAUUGAAGAUUACUUAGAGAAGUAUAAAAAUUAACAAGAAUUAGAAAAUCAAGCAGAAUUUGAUUUAGAACAACAUGAAAAACUUAAAAAAAUUAUAUUUAGUAAUAAUUAACUAACUGAAUUGCUAAAGUUGCCAAUCAAUUUGUAUCUCACAACAAGAAUGAUUUCAGAUAUUGACCUUAAUGACGAAAGAACUUUGAAUACUUUAUAGUAAGCUUCAGACUAGAUUGCUAUUUAAGAGUUAUUUUUCUCUUAGCAAUUCAAAAAAUAAGCUCAAAUAUUCAUUCAAUAAAAAAAAUUCCUUACAUUAGAUGACAAAAAAAGAUAAGCUAUAGCAGAAAAAGUAGAAUCUUGUUAUUUUGAAUAUUUCCAAUCGAUAGCUAUUCAAAUGUUUAUUUAAAAGGACUAAAAAUCAAACUUUCUUUCAAUAACUAGAGAAUAGAUUAAAUUUUAGACUUAAGAGGUAGUAUCACUUUUCUUCUAAUAAAAUAAAAUAGAUGAAGAUGAAAUCAUUUAAAAAUUAAUUAAUUAUGUAGAUUCUAGAGUUAUUACGAGAAUUUAAUUGAAGCUUAAAGUAAAAAACACUAAAAAUCAGCAUAAAGAAAAUUAAACUUAAAUAGAUAAAUAUAAAAUUGAAGAAAAUUAAUAGUAAGAAUUCGAGUUUAGACAUAAAUCUCUUUUUGAAUACUUUGCUGCUAGAGCCAUGAAGUAUGAUUUUGAUUUACACAAAGAAAAUAUUUUUAAGUUAGACAUUUAACAACUGAAGUAAUUCAACAUUAACAAAAGAAUCAUAAUGAGCAGUGAAAAAAAUACAUCAGAGCAACAAAUUCUUUUAAAACUUUAUAAACUUAUGUAAUCAGAUAUUCAGUCAUAAUUUUUCUACUAAACAUACAGCUUAUAAGAUAUAUCUAAAACUAAUAAAUACAUUUAAUACCUAAAGAAAUCGAAAAUUUCUAAAAACACUGAAAAGAGCUAAAUAGAUAUUGGAGCUUCUAAUUUACUGUCAGCUCUGUUUCUUUCUAAAUUCUCAUAUCCUAAUUUGAUUUUAAAUAAAUGUUCGUUUUCCUUAGCAUAUAUUACUUCUCAAUCUGAAAUUCUAACUGAGUUUUAUGAUUGCAAUCUAAGCGACUCUUUUAUUGAAAAUUAAAACUUAGAAAAAUAUGAAAGUUCAAACAUGACGAAUGCAAUAUUUGGUGGUUUCUAAAAAUUAAUGGACUCAGAUAACAUUUAUUAAUUUAACAAAGCAAUACUAUCAAAAAAUAAUCUUAUAUCUAUCACUGAGAGUGGUUUUAUUAAUAAAUUUGAGAUAAUUGAAAAUAAUUUCAAAUAAUUAAAAUCAAAGCAGAUUACUAAUAGCCCUUUGAAAAAUAUUUAUUAUGAAAGCACAAAAAGUAUUUUUGUUGCUCAUACAAAAAAGUCUUUAUUUGAGAUAAAUUCUAAAACUUUUGAAAUAAUUUCCUCUUUCACAUUCACUUUUCCGAUAUCAUAUUUAUCAAUCAAUAAAUCAUAAUAUUUUGUUAAUUUAAUUAACAAUUAAGUAUUUUAAGGGGAUUUUUAAAAAGGAUUCACGCUUUUAGAUUAAAAUAAAAUUCAAGCUGAAUCGUCUAUUUCCUUAAAGGAAAUAAUAAUCACUUAUAAAAAUCAAGAAAUCAAUGUUUAUAAUUCACAUAAUCUUUAAAUUAUUAAGAAUAUUUAAAAUUGCCCAUGUGAUCUGACAAUAUCUUCAAUCACUAGUGAUGAAAAGUAUCUUGUAGCUAUAUCAGAAGAAAAAAAUUGCAUAAUUUUUAAUUUAGUAAAUGAAUUUGAUAUCUUAAAAACUAUCUAAACUGAACACACCAGACCUAUAACCUCAGUUGCCUUUUCUGAAAAUGGAAAAUAUCUAGCUACAAGCUCAAGUGAUGGUCAUUGCAAAAUCUGGAAUGUGAAAGAAGGAUUUGCACUCUUGCAAGAUAUUUAAAUAUAAUAAAAAAAAAUACACUCAGUGAAUUUUUCUACUGAUGGAAGAUAUCUCAUAGCUUGCUCAGCUGAUAAAACUUGCAGAAUCUUGGACUCAUAAUAAGAAUUCAAACUAGUAAAUAAGAUCUAAGGACAUUCUGAGAGUAUUUCCUCAAUUGCCUUUUCUCCCAACGAUUAAUAUAUAGCAUCUGGCUCUGAUGAUAACACAUGCUUAAUUUGGAGUAUAAAAAAUGGUUUAGAGCUCGUAAAUACAAUUGAAGGACAUACUAAACCUGUUAAAUAAGUAGCUUUUUCUGCAGAUAAUAAAUAUUUAGCAACAGCCUCAGCAGAUUAAACUUGCAAAAUUUGGAAUACUUAAAAAGGAUUCUCACUGCAUCACACAGUUGAAGGAAAUAAUUUUGAAAUUUUCUCAGUUACAUUUUCUGCAGAUAGCAAAUAUCUAGCCACAGGUUUGUUUAACGGUCUUUGUAUAAUUUGGGAUGUAGAUAAAGGAUUUUAGCUUCUUCAUUCAAUUAAUGCAAAUGAAAAAUAAAUUUUAUCAGUUGCUUUUUCUUUUGAUAGUAAGUUAAUUGCAACAAGUUCUUAAGCCAUUUGCAAAGUAUGGAAAAUCAAAGACGGAUUUUAAUUAAUAGAAACUCUUUAUGGACAUGUGGAUAAUAUUUCUUCAGUGGCAUUUUCUCCAAAUGGUAAAUAUCUCGCAACUGGGUCUUUGGAUCAUAAAUUUAAUAUCUGGAAUGUAGAAAAAGGAUACGACCUUAUAGAUACAAUUAAUGCACAUAAUCCAGUUUACUCUGUUGUAUUUUCUGCAAAUAGUAAAUAUCUUGCAUCAUCUUUAUUAGGUGGAUGUAAGAUUUGGAAUGUAGAAAAUGGAUUCUAACUCUUAAAUAUCAUUACAUCAACUAUUAAUUCAGCUGCUUUUAGUCAAGAUGCAAAGUAGCUCGUAACAGGUUCUUACGAUAAAUCUUGUAAGUUAUGGAAUUUAGAAAAAGGAUUUGAGUUGAUAAAGAUGGAUGAGAAACACACUAGUUUUAUUCACUCAGUUGCUUUUUCACCUGAUGGUAAGCUUCUCGCAACUACAGAUUCUUAAAUUUAUAAAAUAUGGAGCACAGAAAGAGGAUUUGAGCUUAUAAAUAAGAUUUAAGCCCAUAGAGAUUUUAUCAAUAGUCUUGCUUUCACUCCAGAUGGUAAUUAUUUAGUAACUAGUUCAUUUGACAAAACUUGUAAAAUCUGGAGCGUAGAAAAAGGAUUUAAAUACCUACAUAAGAUUUAAGUAAAUAAUCAGUUUAAAUCAAUUGCUAUUUCCCCAGAUAGCUUAUUUCUAGCUACAGUUUCAGAUAUUAAUAAUAUCGAAAUAAGAAAUAUCUAAAAAAAUAUUUAACUUAUUACUACAAUUGAAGGAUUUGUUGAUUUUGUUUAAUCAUUAUAUUUUUCACCAGAUGGCAAAUAUCUAGCAGCUUCAAAUGAUAAUACCUAUAGAAUAUUUGAUGCAAAAGGAAAAUUUGAGCUAAUACACACUAUUUAAGCACAUAGCUCUGAUGUUAAAUCAGUCACUUUUUCUAAUGAUAGCAAGUACAUUGCAACCGGUUCAUAUGAUAAAACUUGCAAAAUCUGGAGUAUAAAAGAAGAAUUUAACCUCGUAAAGACGAUAUUAGGACAUACUUCAACAGUUACCUGCGUUACUUUUUCUGCAGAUAAUAAAUAUCUUGCUACUGCUUGUUGUUUCAAAAUUUUAAAAAUCUGGAAUGCAGAAAAUGAAUUUUCACUCAUAAAAACAUUUAAUAGACAUACUUAAGGUAUUCAUUCAAUAGCAUUUUCAUCAGAUAACAAGUAUCUAGCAAUAGGUUGUGAAGAUAAUACUUGUAGAAUCUUGAAUGUACAAAAAGAGUUUGAAAUAAUGAAUUUAAAUGAAUUUUAGGAUAGCGAAAUUAAAUCAGCUGAUGUUUCUUAGCUUAAUAGUUAAUUAAGUAAUAGUGUUUUAGAUAAUAAUAAAAUUUUCUAAUAAAUUUAUAGCGUUUGA